AUGCCUUCACGGAGGGAUGAAUCCGCCGCCGAGGGCUCUAGGCGACGAAGCCGAGGCGCCUCUCACCAUAUCGCCAGCUUGCCCACGCUACCACCUCAGUCAUCCGGGGCCCCAAAACGGAAAAGAGAAGACGGGCUAGAAACCAGGACAAACAAGCGAAAAGCGCACGUGUUGGUGUCCAGCGAUGACGAGAAGGAUCCGUUCGGGGACAACAACUUUAUGGAUGUGGUUGACUUGGCGGAUACGGAAGAGGUGCCCGAGAGCAUGCGAGCGAAGCCCAAGCCCAAGAACGAGAUCAAGCUGAGCGCCUUCCAGUGUGUCAUUUGCAUGGAUAAUGUUACGGGCUUGACGGUUACGCAUUGUGGUCACCUCUUUUGCUCCGAAUGUCUCCAUUCCGCCCUAACCAUCGAUCCAACAAAACGAACAUGCCCAGUGUGUCGCCAAAAGAUCGAUAAAGCCCCGUCAGGCGGCAAGUGGACCUCAAAAGCGAAGGGUUACUACCCGCUUGAGUUGAAGCUGGUUACGAAGAAGAGCUUGGGAAAGAGGGCCGCCCAAUGA